AUGGCAGAACAUAACAAAAAUGAAUUACCACUGACUUCACUACCGACCGUGUCAAUAUCAUCAUCAACGAAUCGGAUGAAAAUUGUUACUCAUCAUGAAUAUCAUGAACCAUAUCCGACAGUCAAAGAUUGGUUUAAAAAGAAGAUCCAUGGCCCCAAACCAACAAUAAAGGAUUAUUUUCUAUCAUAUCUGCCAUUUCUCGAUUGGAUCUAUCGAUACAAUUUAACAUGGUUUUGGGGAGACCUUAUAGCCGGUUUAACAGUUGGUGCUAUUGUUAUUCCACAAGGUAUGGCCUAUGCUGGAUUAGCUAAAUUGGCACCACAAUUUGGAUUAUAUAGUUCAUUUGUCGGCGUAAUGAUUUAUUGGUUUUUUGCUACUAGCAAGGAUAUUAGUAUUGGACCUGUGGCAGUCAUGUCAGUAAUGACAGGUAGUGUAGUCGAUGCUGUACGUAGAGAUUAUCCAAAAUAUGAAUCCUAUACAAUUGCAUCGGCUUUAUCUCUUAUGUCUGGUUGUAUUAUUUUUUUUCUUGGCAUGUUUCGUCUCGGUUUUAUAGUUGAUUUCAUUCCUCUACCUGCCUUAGCAGCAUUUAUGACUGGAUCUGCAUUGAAUAUUGCCAUGGGACAAAUACCAGUUAUGAUGGGUAAUAAUAAACAUUUGAAUACACGUGAAUCAACUUAUUUAGUUUUUGGUCAAUUUUGGAAACAAAUAAAACAUUGUAAUUUAAAUGCUGCACUUGGUUUAAUAUCACUCGUUUUACUUUAUCUUAUUCGUUUUACUUGUAUUCGUGCUAGUCGACGUUUUCCAACACUAGCAAAAGUCUUCUUCUUUAUCAAUACACUUCGUAUUGUAUUUGUGAUUGUUCUUUUUCUUUUCAUUUCAUGGUUAAUCAAUCGUCAUGAUCCUGAUCAUCCGCGUACUUCUAUACUCGGUAAAGUUCCACGUGGCUUUCAAAAUUUAGGUGUACCAUAUAUCGAUCGAACAUUAUUAGGCGCUAUUGCACCUCAUCUACCUUCGACAGUUAUUGUUCUUCUUAUUGAACAUAUUGCUAUUGCUAAAUCAUUCGGUCGGAUUAAUAAUUAUGUUAUUGAUUCUAAUCAAGAAUUGAUUGCCAUUGGUGUAACAAAUAUUUUUGGACCUUUUUUUGGUGGUUAUCCUGCAACAGGUGGAUUUUCACGAACAGCCAUCAAAUCUAAAGCAGGCGUACGAACACCUUUGGCUGGUUUGAUUAGUGGUCUAUUGAUUAUUCUGGGUAUUUAUACUUUAACAUCAGUUUUCUAUUGGAUUUCAAAAGCUUGUCUAGCUGCUGUUAUUAUUCAUGGUGUUGGUGAUUUGAUUGUUGGACCACAAACUUUAAAACGUUUCUGGCGAGCUAAUCCUGUUGAGUUUUUUAUCUUUUGGAUAGGAGUUAUUGCUACAGUAUUUUCUACUAUUGAAACCGGUAUCUAUAUUACGAUUGUUACUUCGGGUUCACUAUUACUGUUUCGUAUUGCAAAAGCUCAUGGUGAAUUUGUUGGCCGAGUUCAAAUUCAACAAGUUAAAUUAACACAUGAUAGUUAUGUUCAUGUAACAACUCGAAAUAUCUAUAUGCCACUCGAUCAUUCUGAUGGUUCGAAUCCGACGAUUAUUCCAAUAUCACCCGGUAAUGGUAUAUUUAUCUAUCGAUUAAAUGAAAGUUUUCUAUAUCCAAAUGCUAAUUAUUAUAUGGAACAAUUGGUUGAACAUGUUUUUCGAGAAACAAAACCAGGCAAAAGCAAUCCACAUGGUUCAUUAGGUGAACAACCAUGGAAUUUAAAGACUAGUCGUCAUCCAGAACAAGAUCUACAAAAAGAUGAUCAACGUCCACGUUUACAUGCUCUAAUUUUAGAUUUUACUGGUGUUGCUCAUUUAGAUAUAACUGGUCUGGAAAAUCUUGUUGAUGUUCGUCGACAAUUAGAUCGUUACGCAGAUAAAACUAUUAAUUGGCAUUUUGUUGGCUUAUCAAAUCCUUGGAUGAAACGUGCUCUUAUUUCGGCUGGCUUUGGAUCAUCUGAUCAUGGUCAUACAGUUUUUUCAGUAGCAAACGUAUAUAUCAAUCUUGAUCAUGGUGAAAACGAUGCAGAUAGUAUUCUUGUUCCUAUUCUUGAUAUUAAUCGACCUCUCUUUCAUUCUGAUCUCGAUGAAGCAUAUGAAGCAGCUAUGGCUACUGUUGUUCAACAAGAAACAUUUUUUGUUUCCACUGAUUCUACAACGUAA